AGGCACGCUGACCAAUCACAUUCGUGAAGGGUGGCUUUUUGAAAACGUUGGCGGCCGAGGAAGUUCAAAACUGUAAAGACUGGGCUUUACACGCUGGGAAUUUAACACUACAUUUCUCCAUCACGAUGCAGAAUAAGGAAAAUUAUGAGCCCAGAGGUUUUCAAAGACCGUUUGCAACCCCUAGCAUGAUGGCAGGCCCACAGCGUGUUCAGGUGAAGCCACGAACAGAGGCGGACAAAAACGCUAUCACAGGCCCUGCGAGAGAAUGUUUUGGCUCAUCCUCCAGUUCAGCUUCAAAGAAAAUCUCCAUCGACGACUUCGACAUUGGUCGACCACUAGGGAAGGGCAAGUUCGGUAAUGUCUACCUUGCAAGAGUAAAGAAGCUUCAGGCCAUCGUGGCGCUGAAGGUGUUGUUCAAGUCACAGAUGGAGAAGGAGGGUGUGGAGCAUCAACUCAGGAGGGAGAUUGAGAUUCAGGCCCAUCUCAAGCACCCAAACAUCCUGCGCUUCUACAACUAUUUCCAUGACCGCAACAGGGUGUUCUUAGUGCUUGAGUAUGCCCCACGUGGUGAAAUGUACAAAGAGCUACAGAGAUGUGGAAGAUUUGAUGACCAGCGUACUGCCACGUACAUGGAGGAGAUAUCUGAUGCUCUAAUGUAUUGCCAUGAGAAGAAAGUGAUUCAUCGUGACAUCAAGCCAGAGAAUCUGCUUCUGGGCUAUCGCGGCGAGCUGAAAAUUGCUGACUUUGGUUGGUCUGUUCACGCGCCUUCUCUGAGACGUCGCACCAUGUGUGGGACACUGGACUACCUCCCUCCAGAGAUGAUUGAGGGGCACACCCACAGUGAGAAGGUGGACCUGUGGUGCAUUGGGGUCCUCUGCUACGAAUGCCUAGUUGGCAACCCACCUUUUGAAACUGCCAGCCAUUCAGAAACAUACAAAAGAAUUAUGAAGGUGGAUUUGAAGUUCCCCAAGAUCGUUUCAGACGGUGCCCGGGACCUCAUCUCCAAGCUGCUUCGCCACAGCCCUAUCGAUCGCCUCUCACUACAGAGUGUCAUCGACCACCCUUGGGUGCGCAGCAACUCUCACCGGCUCCUACCCCCAACCUAUCCCGCCAAGAAAUCCUGAGCCCACCUGCCCAGCCUGCUUACCUCCUUCCGAGGGGGGGGGGUUUAUGUCCUCCACAAGAGACUCUGGGUCAGCAUGUUUUGGUUUCACUGCCAUGGGCUUUAAACUGCCAUUAUUCUGGCACAUUUUAUGAGUAUACAUGCAUACCCACUCUUUUAUGUUGUACAGUGUGGUGUCAUUAUAUAUGUCUUGUACUUUGCCUAGAGGUGUUUGUGUUUUUAUUAUAAUUUCUUUUCUGAAACUUUUUUUUAAAUGGACAAAGCUGUUUUGGAUUUCUGUAUCUGAUGGUGUUGACACCAAAGUACUACUACUAGACUAUUUCACGCUGAAUAUAUUAUCUAAUGGUUUAAGAUGAUGUUUUUGAGGGAGGGGGUGGAAAGC